GGGGGGUCGAGUAGGUGUAUUCAAACUUCGAAUAAUAAACAAAAGCGAAUAAAUUGCAAAAAUGAGUAAUUCAACUAUUUCCGAUCAAUCGCUCAUGGACAAGUCUAUGCGAAGUGUCUUCGUCGGGAAUAUCCCGUACGAGGCCACAGAGGAGAAUUUGAAGGAUAUUUUCAGUGAAGUUGGACCAGUGCUUUCUUUCAAAUUGGUCUUCGAUCGAGAAACUGGAAAGCCUAAGGGAUAUGGCUUUUGUGAAUAUAAAGACCAAGAGACAGCGCUUAGUGCUAUGAGAAAUUUGAACGGUUAUGAAAUUGGUGGAAGAACACUACGUGUCGACAAUGCAUGCACAGAGAAAAGUCGGAUGGAGAUGCAAAGUCUUCUUCAAGGGCAAAACACUGAAAAUCCAUAUGGGGAGGCAGUGCAAGCCGAUAAAGCUCCAGAAGCUAUAAGCAAAGCCGUUGCAUCUCUGCCACCAGAGCAGAUGUUCGAACUCAUGAAACAAAUGAAGCUUUGUGUACAAAACAAUCCAAAUGAGGCACGCCAAAUGCUGCUUCAAAACCCUCAACUGGCAUAUGCAUUGCUGCAAGCACAGGUAGUGAUGAGAAUAGUGGACCCUCAUACAGCUGUUAAUAUGUUACAUAAAGCAAAUCCAAUUCCAAGUGUAUUAACACCUGCUGAAAAACCAGCUGCUCAUCCUAUUGUACCAAGAAUAGAAGAACCAUGGGCUCCUUCACGACCAGCAGCAGUGACAAAUCCUCCUGCCCCAAUUUUUGCAGGACAAGAUGUCGAUUUACGUACAUUAGAUAGACAAAUGGAUCCACGUUUAGCUAGAAUGGAUCAAGAUCUAAGAGGAUCCCAAGUACAACCAACACCUGUUAGUGCGCCUCCACCUGUAGUUGCUAGUACUGAUCUUAGAGGCCUAACUACAUUUAAUAUACCAGACAACACUCUUCCUGUUGAAGGAGUUGAGAGCUUUUGUCGUGAUCCAAGAACGGAUAGAUUCGGUAGGGAUCCAAGGGAUCCUAGAGACCCGAGAAUGCCUCUUGAUCCUAGAAUUACAAAAGCGAAUCCCUCCAAUUUUUCAGCGCCAACACCAGUUGCUCCACCGGUAAUACCAAGACCUGUUGCUGCGCCUACUGUUCAAUCUUCAAGUGUUGGAGCAGCAAAUGUUGCGGCUGUUGCUAGUUCACUUACGACCGCCACUACAUCCGCAACAUCCCGACUCAUGGCAGGUAUGCCUUCUGCAGGAAAUAUACCCAGUGGAGCAUCAGAUCAGGAAAAGGCGGCCUUGAUAAUGCAAGUGCUGCAAUUAUCUGACGAACAAAUAGCUAUGCUACCACCUGAACAGAGACAAAGUAUUUUAGUACUUAAAGAACAAAUCGCUAAAAGCACGCAACGUUAAUGUGUAAUCCCAUUGUCAAUUUAUAAAUUUUUUAAAGUAACUGCUGCUUUCUAUCAGCAUAUACAAGUAAUAAACCAAAAACUUAGUAA